AUGGUCUCUCCCACCCGCACCAACCGCUUCCAGUCCUUCUCCGUAGUCCGCACGCCUUCCACCUCCCUCCGCCGACUUAAGACCGCCUUCUCUCCUACCCGUCUUUCGACUCGGUCGCCUCGCUCCACCUCUCCGAGCUCCUCCACUGGCACUACCUCCCCGUUGACCCGGACCUCGAGCCCGGAUAGCCAUCGCUCGGCCAGCAGCACGCAUUCCAUUCGCCAGCUGCUGAUGCUACGACGCAAGCCGAGCGUCCUAGACAUCGAGAUGGAAGAGGAGAGAUGUUUGUUCAGCCACGAAUUAGACUUGUUGGAGCCGCGCCCAAGAAGUGGCUCCGAACGAGUUGAGAUCGGCAUUUUCGAGGUGUUGGAUGGUCGGGUCUGA